GCCGAGCGGAAAAUCUCCUGAUUCGAUCACCGAGCAGGAAGAAUCGACCCCUAAAAUUGUUCUCGUUUUUAAUGCCUCACGCCAAAACACCACCAAAUCUUAUGGUUCAAUUGCCGAGCGGCAAAUCUCCUGAUCCGAUCGCUGAGCAGGAAGAGAUGCACAAAUUCACCGGCGGCGACGCCGUUCUGGAAUCGCAAGAAAAGAUUCCCUUGAUUGCCGCAGCUUCCGCAUACGCUCGUCAAAAUCACCGAACCCCUGCUUCAUCCCCCAGUCCCCAGCUCGCUACAGGAACGCAACUUCUCCCCGUUGGAGAAGCCCCAACUCUGCACCGGCGACGACCCUGGCCUGCUCCGCGCCUAGCCCCACAGUUGAAUCGGCGUCCGGCAGUCUUCGUGUGCUAUCUGUGCUGAGAUUGACACCAGCGUGUCUGAAGUCCCUUGCGUUUGGGUGAAUCGCCAAUCCCCAUCCAGGCCAGCGGAGACAUCGAGGAUAUGAGGCAAAUUCAGGGGAGAUUAAAAGCAUUCUCAGUCCAGACCACACAAGGUGAAUGGAACUUCGAUGUCAGUACAAUCACCGGGGCAGCUACGCAGUCGUCUGCAGGUGUUGCUGCACAGCCACAACCAUCAGCACCCCCUCAACUGCCUGGUGCCCGCAAUGCUAACGUGGUUAAGAUCAGUUGCAAACCACCAGCCAAGAUUGUUCAACAAUCUCUUGCCGAAUCAAGCCGUGCCAGGGAUCUUCCUCGGUGUUAUGAUGAUGAUGACUUCAUGAAACCCCUGCCGAGGCAUCCUGUCGCCAAGAAACAGUGUGCCGAUGCGAGUUUGGCAGUCAAUGCAACUGGCAAGCCUGCUAAGAAUCCUGUCAAGUAUGCUCAUGCACCUACUGCUCGGUGCGCCCCAUCGGCAUUCAACUCGUUUGUCGACCACCUAACGUUCAAGCAGCGUAUGCGAAUCAAAGAAAUGGGUUUUGGUGGGCUCCUUCAUGUUUCGGCAGAUAGGUUAGAGAGCAGAGAACUAUUAAAGUUCUUGUUCGACAGGCUAGACCCCAGCACUAUGGUGAUCAAUGUUACCAAAGACAAGGGAAUCCAUGUCACCCCCUCCGCCAUCAUGCAAGUGCUUGGUUUACCGGAUAGUGGUGAACAUCUACAUUUUCAUUCACACAACCAAGCAUCUAAGGAGUUCUCUGCUUCCAAGGCUUUGGUGGGUCUAGAAGAAUCCCAGGACAUGCAUGCUAGCCAUCUCCAGAAUAUUUUGGAGGAUGAUUCUAAGAUGGGAUCUGCCAUGAUUGAUGAUGACAUGGCAAUAAGAUUUUUCUUCAUCAUUGCUUGUAACAAACUGCUCUUCCCAGGCACAGAUAACAACAUCAGGUGCAAGGAUGUUUACUUGACUAGGGACCUGUUUUGCUUACCGGGUUUGAACUGGUGCAAAGCACUUGUGGAUGACCUCCGAGAUGCUGCAUUCACUUGGUGGGUUGACAAAACAAAGAAAUCGCUUUCAGGAUGUGCAAUAUUACUCACUGUGAGUAUACCAUUUUGUCAACCAUAUGACUGAUUGUCUAGAUUAAACUUAUCUACUAAAAUUUGUCAUUGCACACAUUUUUACUUAUGCCUUCGAUUUUUAUAUAGAUACUGUAUCUUGACAACCUAUAAUGCAAACAUCAGAUUGCACACACUGACACUCCUCGGGCAAAGUACUUUGAUCAGAAUAUGAUUAAGAAGAUAAUUACUGCUGACAGGAUGAAAGACUGACAAGGGAAGGCUACAUU